GUGCCUGUAAACAGUCAGGGAUGUUCAACCUAGAAACCUUAAUACAAAAAUAGCUAAACAACAAAAAAUGACAAAAAGAAAGAUUAGACCUGACUUGACCUGACUCAGUAUUUCACAGUAAUGUAUUGCAGAGUAUAAAAUGGCUUGCAUACAAUACAUUGGGUAUUGGAGGUUACUGAAUAAAUUAUUCGGCAUUAAUUAACUCUGAAUCUUAUCUGAAAAAGGGAUAUUAUGGACACAUCAGCAUGCAUUCAGAAACGUAAGGUCAGGCCGACCACUGUGCGCGUGAUCUCAGCGGUUCUAUCCAUCCUGAUUGGUUGUCUGAUCUUUCUCGCCGUGCCAACUGUCGUGUUUCAGAAAGUGGAGGAAUGGUCGUUCCUGGAGUCGCUCUACUUUGUGGUCAUAACUCUCACCACUGUUGGUUUCGGAGACUACGUACCGGGAGACCUAUGCCAAAGCCACAACUGCAACCUCCAGGAAGAUUCACUGAAGGAGAAACUGUCUCCGUACCUGCUCCAGGGCUGUUCUGUAUCAGACUCUGACCUCUGACCAUUGUGAGGCGGCAACAGAAAGGAGAGUACUGUAUCUUUUUUGGGGAUCACAAAUCACAUCACAUUAAAACCCUCUUACAUCCACUUUGUCUGUGUCCAGGUGGCGGUCG